AUGGCGCCUGUGAAAAAUGGUGGUUGCCUGGAGAGCCGCGUCUUGAAGCCUGGCUCUUGGAAAAGGUGGACUGUGAUCGGCUCAAUAGAACUUUGUUUGGCAAAUGUCGGUUUUGACCCCAAGCGUCGUGGGUUUUCUGAAGUCGAUGCGCUCGGCUGCUGCCCUGGGGGCCGACACCAUGGCCAUUUUGUGACUUUUGAGGUUGGAUUCGCGUCAAACUCAGCAUCCCCGCCCCACCACCCACCCACCCACACAAACCCCAGUUCGACGUUUCUCGACGCAAGCAUCCAUUGGGCGGAUUUCGAACGAGCGAAAGGAUGCAAAACGGAAACUAUUCACAAGGAUGCAACGCAUAUUUUACGGUGUAUAAGAAACAUACCAAGCUAUGUGAAAAUGUGCAGCAUUUCUGUUACUGACUUGGAAAACUCUGGUGAACGGGGGCGCCUCGGCAUUGAUGGCACAGUGGAGAACGACGGACUGCCGCCCGGCGACAAUAUAUUAUUCCUAACAUCGUUUCCGUGA